AUGAUGCCCGUCGGGGGGCCGCGCUCGCUCAGCCCCGCCGCGCUGUCGCGCAGCCUCUCCCGCCUGCGCGAGUACCGCACCCGCUCGCGGAUCAUGCUGGCCCUCGGCGUCACCCAGAUGGUCCUCGGCUGCCUCAUCGUGGCCGUCAGCUUCGCCGCCCUGGCGCUCACCACCUCGGCCCGCGUCCGCCACUCCUGCCCCUUCUGGGCCGGCUUCUCGGUGCUGCUCUCUGGACUGAUCGGAGUUGUCUCAUGGAAAAGGCCUCUCUCUCUUGUGAUCACCUUUUUCAUGCUCUUGUCGGCCGUCUGUGUGAUGCUCAACUUGGCAGGUUCCAUCCUCUCCUGCCAGAAUGCUCAGCUGGUCAAUUCCUUGGAAGGAUGUCAACUGAUUAAAUUUGACAGCGACAGCGUCUGCGUUUGCUGUGAGCUACAACACCAGCCCUCAGGCUGCAGCCUGGGUGAGAUGCUGAAAUUGAACCCUUUGCAGGAAUGCAACACUGUCAGGCUGACCCUAAAGGACCUGUUGUUUAGCGUCUGUGCUCUCAAUAUCAUCUCCACUAUUGUCUGUGCUCUGGCCACCGCGAUGUGCUGCAUGCAGAUGGUCUCCUCCGACAUUCUGCAAAUGUUCCUGCCGCAGAGGUCUCAUUCUGCCAACCCUGACUGUAUGACACCCCAUGGGACUAUCUUGGGGCACCAGACCUUGGAUUUUGAUGAGUUCAUCCCUCCAAUUCCACCCCCACCCUACUACCCACCCGAGUACACAUGCACUCCUGUGAUAGAAGCACAAAGAGGGCUCCACCUGGACUUUCCUCACUCACCCUUUGGCGCUUUGUACGAGGUUGCCAUCAACAGUCCUGGAAUGCUCUAUCCAUCUGAGCUGCCCCCUCCCUAUGAAGCAGUUAUUGGACAAAGCCCAGCCAAUCAGGUCAACAAUGUGGACCAGCGAGUCACAGAGCCCAGUCUGGCCUCGGCAGACAGCACUUCCCACGUGGCCUCUGAAGCAGCUGACACCCCUGAGCACCUCAGUUACUCCUCAGAGGACCUCUGUUCUCUGGAAGUCCAGGAGUCUCUCCUUUCCACGGACUUCUCUUCGUACAAAGCAACCCACAAAGGUGUUGUAAAUAGGAGCUGCUCCAGCUUAGACUACAGCACCCGUUGUGAGUUGCAUAGGACUCGCUCCCAGGGUUCCCCAGGCGACGAGGCCAGCCAGACCUCUGUGAAUGGGUCUCGUGGCCAGGAGCCUGAGACCUGCUCCCGUAGUCGCUCCUCGGACUGUUCCUCAGAGAACUUCACUGCCUCCAAGAGAGAUUCACGCAGCUCAGUCAGAGAAUGCAAAACCACACCCCCUCAGAAGCCACGGAAGAUGUGUUGCGGAGUCUUCAUCCCACCUGCUGGGCCACAGACUCACCAUGCCCAUUGCUCAGUGCCUGCAAACAGUUUGCCCCACAGCUGCCCAGAGAGGAUGGCCCAACAGCGCACCAGGAAAACCCGGAUUUCCAGCAUAGUCCGAUCCACUAGUGACCCUCUGUCAUGUUCGUCUGCCACUGAAGUUCCUGCCUCUGGUCCUCACGUGGCUGCCUCUACUUAUCAGGACUCCAGAAACCAGCUCCACCCAGUGGGAAAGCCGAGGGACCCCAAAAAGGCCGAACGUUCCCGGAAGCCAAAGGCCUUCCAGACCAUCUGCAAGGAGCGCCCCCACUCUCUGGUGGACCUGCAAGCCUACAAGGACACAAAGAUCCUGGUGGCCAAGUUUUUGGAGCACUCGAACUGCAACCUCCCCCCAGAGGUGCGUCAUGUGGUGAACAGCAUCCGGUCGGUCAUCAAGUCUGACGAGCGGCACAUGGAAGAAGCCAUCUUCAGUGCAAACAUCAUUGACCAGGUGAUCACGAGCUCCCGACAGAAUGUGGAUACCUCAAGAAAACGGCUUCAGGAAGACCUCCACCUACAGAGCUGUGGGGCACUGAGCUCUCCGGUGGCCUUUUUACGCAGGGCUCACAUCGGCCCCAGCUUAGAGAGGCCACACAGUUUAAUCGGAGUCUGUCGAGAAACCAUCCUUUGACAAAGUACUGUGGCUGCUCCAUGGAGGAAUAUUCCAGCUCCGCUGCAGGCCUCUGAGGGAGCCAAGCAUCU